AUGAUGCAAGCACCCACCCUGCUCCCUCUGCUGUCCCGUCAAGAGGACUCAUUGAAUGACCAGUUGUCCGCAGUAAAUAUACGACAAUACGCCGUAGACUUAAUUUCGUGGAGACAACGAGAGCAGAGUCGAUUCAAAACGGUCAGAAAAUACACUUGUCUGGUCUGCCCCACCGCAUGCUCUCCUGAAUCCUCAGACGGGUCCCUCAUCUUCAUCGCCUCUGCCUCACCUGCAUGUCACUCCGCUUGGCUAGACAACCCUCUCUCCUCUUCCUUCCUCCUCUUGCUCUUCCUGACUUCCUCCCAUCUACCACACCGAUUUAUUUGCUUAACUCACAAAGCUCUUGUUCCUGACGCUAUUUGCAUUCGACCAUCGGACAGUACCGCAUUCAACGAAGCGCAUAUAGACUGCGACGACUGCCUACGCCCUCAGCUUUGGCAUUCAAACAUCACAAUCGAACAUUGCACCAACGGAGGCAUGGCGAGACAAUCCUCUCUCGAUUCAGAACGUCCCAUAAUGGCCCAGUCCAACCGUGCUUCGAAAAGAUUCUCGACCGUAAGCGGAAGUCCUUCGAUUGCCUCAGAGCGUACAACCGGAAGCCUACCAAGCGGCGACCCUAAAGUUACUGAAUAUAAUAACCUUCGCGAGGGCCUGGAUCGUUUGGAAAACAAGCCCCUUACGAAGCAACGAUUUAUCCCUAGCACUGAGAAGACCGACAACCUCAGCAAGCUUGCCUUGGGUGCCAAGGUAGAGCGCGCUCUCGGGCGGAGGAUGACGGGCCAGGACGCCGUCAUGCGGGCGAAACCCGCGAUGAGCGAGAAAGCUGCUUCUUCUGAGCGGUCCUCUUCAUGA